AUGGACAGCCAAACAUCACAAGAUAUACCCGAAAUUUUAAAUGAUAUAUUUGAAUUGAUGGAUAGGCAGAUAGAUGAAGAAAAUAAGCAACAAAAAGAUGAUAAAAAUAAAACAAUUGCUCAUGGUACCUCUCAAUUAGUUCAACAUGAAAACCCACAAGAGGAUUUCGCAUUUGGUGUGAAGAACCCAAUACAACAAAAUGAAGAGGAGAAAAAAAAUGAAGAGGAGAAACAAAAUGAAGAGGUGAAACAAAAUGAAGAGGAGAAACAAAAUGAAGAGGUGAAGCAAAAUGUAGAGGAGAAACAAGAAAAUAGAGAAAAUGAACAACAUAAUGAAGAAAAUGAACAACAAAAUGGAGAACAAAAUAAAGAAGAGGAACAACAAUCACAACAAUCACAACAAUCACAACAAUCACAACAAUCACAACAAAUAGACCUUAAUAUCAAAAAAGAGGGUGAAAAACAGAAUCAACGCCAAUCAAGUAGACAGGUAGUUAUUAUAGAUUUGAGUGAUGAUGAUGAAGAUGAUGAAGAUGAUGAUGGUGAAAAUGAUAAUGAUAAACCCACACCUAUUUCAAAUACUGAAACUACUGAAACUUCCACAACUACCACUACCACCACCACAAAUGUAAAUAACCAAAACAACAAUCAAGAUAAAGAAGUUGUGGAUCUUACUCUUUCUCCACCACAAUCACCAGUUUUAGUACUGACAGCAACACGUUUAGCUAAUAAUAAUAAUAAUCAUAAUAAUGAUAGAAAUAAUAAUAGUAAUAAUAAUAGUAAUAAUAGAUUCCUUAAUAGACAAGCGAAUGACUUUACUUUUUUUAGAAAUAAUAGUUUCUUUAAUUCUAGAACACAACAUCAGCCACCACCACCACCAUCUCAACAACAAUUUCCAAUAGUAUUAAACAUUUUUAAUAAUCAUAGUGGUAGUGCUGUAGGAAAUGGCCCUAUUGGUAAUAAUGGUAAUGGUGGUAAUAGUUUAAAAAAGAGAAAACAUUAUCAUAAUUUUGAUACCGACGAUGACGAUGAUGAUGAUGAUGAUGAUGAUGAUGAUGAAGACGAUGAUGAUGAAGACGAUGAUGAUGAUGAUGUUCACUUUGAUCGUAGAAAUCAAUUCCCAAUUAGUCCAGAGGAUCUUUUUGAUGAAAAUAUUGACAUUAGUUUUGGGUUUGGUGGUAGGGACCGCAAUAGUGACUCAAGCGACGACUCAUUUUUUAGACCAACAAAUCGUCAAUCUUUGGUUGGCACAAAUCGUUCAGCUGUCAGAAAUAACAAUAAUAGCAAUAACAACAACACUACUGCAACAGCAUCCAUCCAAACAACUAAACCAGAGGUAAUUCAUAUACUCGAAAAACAAGGUAACUCAUCAUUAUCCUCGAUAUCUGAAAAUUCAGAACUUUGGAAACUUCAAAAAGAAAUGGAAAAAGAAAAUGAAUCAAAGAAAGCAAUUGAUACGCAAUCCAAUGGCGGUGAUAAAAAAUCAAAAAAUUUGGAAUGUCCAAUUUGUUUUGAAGAUACAAAGCCAUAUGUCUCAACUCUUUGUGGGCAUAUAUUUUGCUCUGAUUGUAUCGUCAAUGCCUUAAAAAAGAAAAAAAGCUGUCCGGUCUGCAAUGCAAAAUUGCAUGGAAAAAAACCUUAUCAUCCUAUUUAUAUUUAA